UUCCAUAAUGGAAUCAUCAAAGUUUUACCUGAGCUCACUCUAGAAGCGGCAAUGGCAAGCGGCCAUCCCAGAAUAUAGCCUGAAUCGCCCACGGCCGACGAGUGAUAUUUGAGAUGUUGGGACGGUAUUGUUGGGAGUAAUCAGCUCAGUUUUGAUACGCCGCCGUAUCGGAGCAAAAUGUUCUGUGUUCGAUAUGACCAACUGGACAGCAUCCUACUCCUUGAACGCAAUGUUGUUAUCGAGCAGCAUUUCUCCUUGACGGCCCCCUCGAUAGCCUCCAGCCUUGUUUGUGCAUGUUGCAGUCUCCAAGACGUUUGGGCUGCAUAUCAACCAGAUAUUCACUCAAGUCUCGCAGGACGGGGUCACGGCAGGCCAUGCGGACUGGCCCUCUUUCAGGAGAGAGGGGUCCUUUGAUGUUUGGGAAAGCCGUCAUCGGAGAGAUCGGGAGGUGUUGUAAACUCGAGGUUGCUAACAGGAUACCGACAAGAGUUCAUCGGAUCGUACCGCAUUGGCUACUCACCUCAACUCUCGGAGGGCAUCUGGACCGCAACAUGGCCUCCCCCACCUUUUGCCCCUCGCUGCCGCGCGAUAGCCUCGAAGUGGAAUCUGUGACGACGUUGCCUGGGUUCAGUCCAAAUCGGGAGUCACCCAGGACAGAUCCAUACAGAGAGGUACAGAUACCUCAAGAGAGGGAACCCCAGUCGCCAGUUGACCCCACCAAGGGGUUACAGACACACACGGGAACGAGAGAAACUUGCCAGAUAUCACUGAGGAUGGCCGACAUAUGCCUGCUGAGAGGCGGCUAAUGUUUUAUGGGAAGGCCAUAUGCACGAACCAGACGGUGUUGGUUCCGAGGGAGGAGAAGAAGACGAAGAAGGAUACGACUCCUGAAGGAUGGUUAUCUUUCCUGUGCCGCGCUCAAGCAUAUUAAUGGCAAGGUUUGGAGAUUGAGGAGUUGAGGAAAACCAACGCAUGCGUGUUGC